AUGAUUACAGUUAAAAAAUCGCUAGUGUUGCUUUUAAUUUCAAACUUUGUUGGAGACAUAAUCAGUUCAAGUCCCAGUAGUAUACUGGUGAAGGCUGUGGAACCACCUUCUCCAAUACCAACUCCAUCGCCAAGGAAAAUCGCAAGAAAACAAUGUCAUGGCAAUUGUGAUUGUGCUAGGUAUUCACACUAUGAUGUACCCAAAUCUUUAAAAAGUUUCGGUGAAUCAGAAGAAAGGCCACCUCUCCCAAAAAAGAGAAGAACGGUGCCUAAAAUACCUAACGAACCACCAGCUUUACCCCCAAGAAACUAUAAGAAGAAGGAGCUAGUUGAAAAUCCUGUAUAUGCUUCAAUAAAACCUUCGAAGAGCAAGCCAGCUUUUAACCCCUAUUCCACUAAAGAAACCUUUUACACAUCUUAUGGAUUCCCUGUUGAACAAGACCUUUAUGAAUAUAAUCCAUAUGGAGAACCGAUUUAUUCCGAGAUAGACGCAGGUAAUUUCACCAAAGAACACGCACCAGCUGGCUACAGUGAACAUAUUUAUUCUGAACCCUAUGAGUUACCUGCACCUCCUAAGACUAAAUACCAGAAGUUCAAGGACAACGCUGGUAAGAAACUUGGAUCAUUAAAGAAAUCGGCAAAGGGUGUAUUUGCAAUUAAGUCGAACAAACCAAAAGAGUCUGCUGAGAAGACUAAGAAGGGUGCUACUGGUGUUACUUUAAAGUUGACUAAGAAGUCCCUUGGCGCCAAAAAGGUUUCUGCAGAAUCACCAUCAGAAACUCAGGAAAAGAUAAAUAAAGCAACCAAAGAACUAUUAAGGGAGGCAGAUAAACUUGCGAGUAAGUUGAACGAAAGUACCAGGCCUAGAUUCUAUGACGCAAAAGGAUCAACAUCAAGUGCUGCUAAGGGUACAAAAUAUAAAACUAAGAGGGAGCUCAAAAAAACAUAUACUGGCUUCUCUGAUAUUGGCAGAGAUUUUAGUGGUGAGGCCAGGAACUUAAGAAAAGCUGCAAAGGCAAAAUUGCAGGGAGCCAAAGAUGAUGUAAAAGAAGGAUUUGAUAAGUUUAAAGACGACUUAAAAACAUCGGCACUUAAGGGAAGUGAAUCAGUGGCAAGUGAUAUCGCAGACCAAAUUGGAGACUUUGGAAAUGCUAAAUCAAAACUCACAAUGGAAACAUUUAGGAAAUAA